AUGAGCAAUGGUAGUGGUACUGGGCCUUGUGGUGCGUGCAAGUUUCUUAGAAGAAAAUGUGUGAAAGGUUGCAUAUUUGCACCUUAUUUUGACUCAGAACAAGGCAUGGCUCAUUUUGCUGCAGUUCAUAAGGUGUUUGGUGCUAGUAAUGCAUCAAAACUAUUGCUUACUAUUCCACCAAAUAAACGUCUUGAAACUGUUGUUACACUUUGUUAUGAGGCUCUUGCUAGAGUUAGAGACCCUGUCUAUGGCUGUGUUGGUCACAUCUUUUCCCUUCAACAACAGGCUGUGACAUUGCAAGCAGAGUUGGCUUACGUUCAAGCUCGAAUAUCGACCCUGCAGCACCACCACCACCUCCCUAUGCCACCACCAACGCCAUCACAGGCAGAGGUAGCAGCAGCAUGUUGUUCUAAUUUAUCGCCAUCGGUGUGUACAACUAUGGAUCCUUCGAUAGAUAUAACAGACUUGUGUAAUGUGUUGGAUCAACAACUAGACAACUCUAUGUGA